AUGCAGGCGACAAAAUCGGUGGCCGAUAUCACGGUUAUCAACACUUACAAACUAGAUACUUAUUUAUAUUCAACAGACAGGAACGACCUGUACAGUACGACCUUAGGGAGGCACGGUGUAGAGGCUUGGUUGAGGGUGGGGAAGAUUGGAGAGGGAGGUUUUGGCAGUGUUUGGCUUGAAAAGAAACGUUCUACAGGAGAGUUGAGGGCUGUGAAGAAGAUUUACCUUGAAAAGAGUCGGAAUUUCCCCUAUGCCCGAGAGCUUAAUGCUUUGAUAAAAGUAUGCAGUCAUCGGGAUUUGUUCGUUAAAUUCCUCGGCUGGUACGAGGAAGCUGAUUUUGUUUUUCUUAUGAUGGAAUAUCAUGAGGAUGGAGAUUUGGGGCAAUAUCUCAAAGGUUCCCGGUUGAAAGCACGGUCAGAGGUGAAGGAAAUUGCCACUCAACUACUAAAAGGGCUGGCAAUCUUGCAUGAGAAUAACAUCUGCCACCGUGAUCUAAAACCAAAAAACAUUCUUAUCGGCCGUCGUUCACCCAUCCAAGUCAAGCUUGCCGAUUUUGGGUCAUCAAAAUCCACAUUAGAUACGAGUCUACGAACUAGGUGUGGUACCUCAGGUUAUAUGGCUCCAGAACUACAUGGGAUCGGCUUCCCGUGCCGGAAUCGUUACACCAAUGCCUUGGAUAUCUGGUCUCUGGGUUGCGUAAUAUACGAGAUCUUGACCUCAGAACCACCAUUUCUGUGGAAGUCAGAGGAUACGGAUGAUAGCGCUAGCUUGUGUACGAUACUGGACGCCAAUUUCACCAUUCCCGCUCCAGAGGUCGACCUUGUAGUCGUUAUGCGUUUCUGCGAAGGGAAAGCCGGUUUCCCGGUGGAAGCUCUUGAAGAAGCUGGUGUGGAUGAUAUUGGAAUAAACUUCCUGAAAAGCUUAUUAGUCGCCAACCCCGCUUCAAGGAUUACAGCUUCGCAGGCCUUACUAUCGAUAAAUCAAUUCCAUGGACUGGGACAAGAAUUAAGUUGGUUAGUCAUAGGCAAGUUUGUGACGCAGUGCAGAGUGCGUCAAAACGUCGACAUGAGUGUGUUAGGUUUAACAAACAUCUCGGCCUAUACAUUACAUGAGGCUAUCAGAUGCGGAUAUCGGACCAUUGUUGAUCUACUUUUAAGUGCAUACCCAGAUGACGUUAACGCCACGGUUUUUCGACAAGAAGCUUUUCUUUCAGCAGCAAAAUCAGGAUACCUAGCAGUGGUCGUGGUACUCUUGGAUUGGGGGGUAAAUGUCAAUUCCAAAACGAACUAUGACGAAACGGCUUUACAUCUAGCAGCAAUAUGUGGACACCCCGAAAUAAUCACACUACUCUUAGGCAGAGGAGCGGAUGCAAAUUCCAAAACGAACGAUGGCAAAACGGCUUUACAUCUAGCAGCAACAUUUGGACACCCCGAAAUAAUCACACUACUCUUAGACAGAGGAGCGGAUGUCAAUUCCAAAACGAACGAUGGGGAAACGGCUUUACAUCUAGCAGCAAAAUCAGGAUACCUCGGAGUGAUCGAAAAACUCUUAGACAGAGGAGCGGAUGUGAAUUCCAAAACGAACAAUGGGAAAAAGGCUUUACAUCUAGCAGCAACAUUUGGACACCCCGAAAUAAUCACACUACUCUUAGACAGAGGAGCGGAUGUCAAUUCCAAAACGAACUAUGACGAAACGGCUUUACAUCUAGCAGCAAUAGGUAGACACCCCGAAAUAAUCACACUACUCUUAGGCAGAGGAGCGGAUGUCAAUUCCAAAAUGAACGAUGGGGAAACGGUUUUACAUCCAGCAGCAAGAUUUGGACACCUCGGAGUGAUCGAAAAACUCUUAGACAGAGGAGCGGAUGUGAAUUCCAAAACGAACAAUGGCAAAACGGCUUUACAUCUAGCAGCAACAUUUGAACACCCCGAAAUAAUCACACUACUCUUAGACAGAGGAGCGGAUGCAAAUUCCAAAAUGAACGAUGGGGAAACGGCUUUACAUCAAGCAGCAAGAUUUGGACACCCCGAAAUUCUCACACUACUCUUAGGCAGAGGAGCGGAUGCAAAUUCCAAAACGAACGAUGGGGAAACGGCUUUACAUCUAGCAGCAAAAUCAGGAUACCUCGGAGUGAUCGAAAAACUCUUAGACAGAGGAGCGGAUGUGAAUUCCAAAACGAACGAUGGGGAAACGGCUUUACAUCUAGCAGCAACAUUUGGACACCCCCAAAUUCUCAUACUACUCUUAGAUGAAGGAGCGGAUGCAAAUCCCAAAACGAACGAUGGGGAAACGGCAGCAGAAUUUGGAGAUUUUGAUAUGACCGUUCUACUCUGCGAUGAUUUGGAAUUCGAAGAGGAUUCGCCGGUAGCGAAGCGUCGACGGAUUGGCUGA